AAUAACAUUAUGGUUGAUAACAAAGUGAUAAAAAUACACAGACAAUGGUAUCCGAUCUUAGGUGAAACAAUAUCUUUGAUUGAACCCUACCAUUAUGUUAAGCUUAGUAAAAUUUUUCCACCUCCAAAAUUACCGGCUUCUAGGAAAUAUGAGACUGUAAUCGAAGUUCUUCCUUACAUCCGUCAGAAAGUUAAGAUGUGGGGAGCUGAUGUUCUUAGAGCAGAAAAUAUUAAAACAUUGAUCGAGGAAGAAGAUGAUGUUUCUGAUGAAGAGUUUUCUGAU